AUGGGUACAGCGCUUGAUGCGCUGGCAACUGCUCCUCAGCCGUUGACUGCGCGCCGGCCAGCUGCUUCCAAUCUCCCGACCUUUGAACUGCCUCCGCCCAACUUCCAGCUCGCCAACAACCCCGGCAGUCAGAAGUUCCUGUCCCCGCCCAGCGUCAAUAAUCCUGUCUCCAACGCGAGCGUAGGCAACCCGCUCUCCCCGCUGUCCUCUCAGUCGGGCGAAGGAGCCACCUCUGUCCCGUCGAGCAUCCCCAGCACCACCGUCUCCGCCGCGCAGGACCUCCCUUCGUAUCCGUCCGGCUUCUGGCAGAGUCAGAAUUCCUACAACUACGGCACUUCCCAUCAAUCGUGGCAGCAGGGUUCGUCCGGGCUCUUCCCUCCACCACGAGGAGGGCUUUGCCCCUCGUCGUCGGGUCCACUGGCGCGGAGUAGCGCCAAUAAUCCUCCACCGGUCACCGAAAGCAUGUCCCAGUCCUACGAUCUGAACCAGCUUCCCCCCUUCCAGCAGCAGCCCAUUCCCGUCUCGUCUCCAGCCUCCGCAACGCCCGUGGUGCAGCAGCCGCCGCAGCAGCCGCAGCAACAGCAACAAGCCAUGGCUCACGCGAUGAUCGGCGCGCACGGUGGAGUCUCCACCACCUCCGCCCCUUCUCCGCACCAGCUGGGCACGGGCGAUCCGUACGGCCCCAAAUCGCAUUCGGCUCCGCUGUUUGGGGCAUCCCCGACCGCCGCUCCCCAACAUCAGGGCUCUUAUCCUCCGCCGUACGGGGGACCGUCACCCGUCGCGCCGAGUGGGCUAGGGAUCCAUGGGGCUCCGAGAAUGCCACCGGGCUCAAGCCAGUCGCCUCCCGUGCAACCGCCGCAGUUGGGCUACCCUCGGCCCCCGUGGCCGUCAUAUUCUCUCCCCGCGAUGAACGGACCCGUCAUGACGAACGUGCACAAUCCCAGCGGGCAGAUGUCGCUGAUGGGCAAUGUCCAGCAGGGAUUUGUGCCCGGUUUCACCAGCGGCCAUUUGGCCAGCAUGCAGCAUCUGUACGGGGGGCACCCACCGCACCAUCCGGCCCAUGGACAACCGGCUCCUCACAACGAUCGCCCGUUUAAAUGCGACCAGUGCCCGCAGAGCUUCAACCGCAAUCACGAUCUGAAGCGGCAUAAGCGGAUCCACCUUUCGGUCAAGCCGUUCCCGUGCAGUCAUUGCGAGAAGAGCUUCUCACGGAAGGACGCAUUGAAGAGACAUCUCCUGGUGAAGGGAUGUGGGAAGAAUUCUUCGACCGACGGGGCCAACUCGACGUCCACUACCAAAGACGACGAUACUCAGACCAAGACAGACUCGCAGAGCGAAAAGGCGAGUCCGAUGUCGAACGGACAUCGUUAG